UUUCCCUACCCUGGUCGUCUUCGACGACGAAGGUGGGCCCCCCACUUUCGUCGUUGAUAAUAACACUAACAUUAACGACGACGAAGAAGAAACACCGACGACAAAGCCUGGAAUCAUUAAGCAUUGAUAUUUAGCAGUUUUUUUUUUUUAGCCAAAAUUAUGAGCAUUUUGGCACCGUUCCAGUUGUUGGAACUCAACGUGAUCUCGGCCCAAGACUUGGAGCCCGUCUGUCGUCGCAGAAUGCGAACCUACGCAGUGGCUUGGGUCCAUCGGGAACGCAAGCUCUCGACCCGUAUCGACACCCAAGGCCACACUAACCCAACAUGGAACGACAAGUUCGUUUUCCGUGUCGAUGACGAGUUCCUCAACGGUGACACGUCGGCCGUCAUGAUCGAAAUCUAUGCCGUACAUUGGUUCCGUGACAUCCUCGUGGGAACCAUCCGAGCCAUCGUUGGAAACGUUAUCCCGCCAAUUACUCGGCCGCGACAUCGCCACGAAGUACAGCUAGGGAUGAGGUUCGUGGCUCUUCAGGUUCGGAGACCAUCGGGUCGUCCCCAAGGGAUUUUGAACAUUGGGGUGGCGCUGCUUGAUAGUUCAAUGAGGAGCAUGCCUUUGUAUUUGCAAAUGGGGUCGUCCGCGGUUGGUUAUCGGCAUUUGAUGGGUGAGGAAGACCCGUUUCAAAGCUCCAAUAACAAUCCUCUUUCCACCACUACCAAAAGCAAUAACGAUAACCAUCAGCUUUUGCUCAAUGGGUUGAUCAAACCACAACUUCGACGGACAAAGAGUGAUUCGAGUUCGAUUUUCGAGUCAGAUAUAAGGCCAAGGAGAUCCAUUAAAGGUUCGUCCAUUAUCAAUGAUGGGUCAGUGGUCUACGGUGGUGGGUCAAUGGUUAACGGGUCAGAAAUCGGAAAAAACAACUAUAAGGUUAAUUCAAGGGGAAGUUCCAUGGUGAAUUACACGUUCGAAAAAAACAAUAAAAAGGGAAAGCCAAGUUCAAUUGUUAACGGGUCGGAGGAUCCAGGAAAAAAGGGUCCAGGAAAGGGCAACAAAGAUGGAAAAAUGGCGUUGAAAACACCACCUGGCAAGUCACCGAAUGGGUUAAGAUACAACGGGUUGGAUUACGAGGCUCCGAAACAAAUACGUGGGCCGAACAUUUUGACCGAUUCAGAAUUGGGUCCAUCACCAUCCGAAGUGGCAGCUGCGGUGGCCAGAAACAUGUACCUUAACAGAAUGGAUGAGACAGAGAGUUCAGUGGGAGGGUGGAGUUUAGAUGAAAGUAUCGAAGGGCUUCGGUCAAAACUAGAAAGGUGGAAAACCGAACUCCCACCAGUGUAUGACCGAGGUAGUGAAAUUUCUAGUUAUGUGUCUACUGGGAUUCCUAACACAACCAAGAAAACAAGACAUGCCAGAAGACACACUGACAAUGGUGGAUUGUUUUCAUGUUUUGGUAAAAUUUGUGGCUGUGAAAUUUCCAUUACUUGUGGUGUGGCAGCUGCAGCUAGGAAAAAGAGGAAAUUGCAUCGAUCCCCUUCUGAUGAUAACUUGAGUUUCCUUUGAAAUUGAGCAUCUCGGAUGGACUUAAAAAUGGCUUUUGAAGAUUGACCAAUUCAUGAAGUCGGAUCGAAUUUAAGUUUGGUUGUAUAUUUGCUUCAACAAAUUCCUCCUGUAUGCCUCAACAAAUUUCUAC